AGAAAAUUAAUAAAAAGAAAUCUGACAGCAUCAAGGGAAUUUUCAUCCUUUUUUGGUGUUGACAUUUAGAUCGUUAUUUUUAUGUAGUUUUUACAGUUAUCAUAAAUUUCUAAUAGUACAGAAACAAUGUAAAUUACUAGGAAACGGUACAAUGCUAAGAAUGUCGCGCGAUAACGUUCGGCAGGAACAAGAUCAAAACACGGCUAAGCUAGUGAUGAGCGCGUUCUACAAAGUGGCUGACAAGGAUGGCGCGACGGCAGCGCAGAUAACGAAUUUCUUACAAGAUAAAUUUGGCAAUGUAUGGAAGACAAAUAUGUUAACUACGAAGGCUGAAGAGACUCUGAAGAGGAGUGCGGUGCUAGGUUUUCUGGAACGGCGUGGCAACCGGUACGUGGCUAACUUGGCGCGAGGGAUGGGCUGCUGCCCCAAGAAGAAGCGCCGCCGCCGCAGCUGCUGCCGCAAACGCUGCUGCCCUAAGCGUCGCAAGCGCAGAAAAAAGAAGUGUUGCCCUCCUCGUCCACCUUGCUGUUGUAAGAAACCCUAGAAACAUGAUUUACCUACCUAUUGAUUGGCUAACCUAUCGAAUAACAAGUAUAAAAUAUACCUUAUAAUAA